UCAUUGAUGAUGCAGCACCUCCUGCCUCUUGCUACUCUUCUCCUUCUGUCCAUCGUUCCCACUGAAACUGAAGUGGUGGCAUCAGUGGCACAAUGUAAUGAGUUUUUUCUUGCGCAAACUCCACCAAACAUCCCAGGAAUUUUGGAGGUAGGGAACAUCAACGACCAGAACAGAUACAAAGUGAUCUGCCAGACUUUGAGAGACAUCAGGAGGUUUGUGACGCUGUACGACACCCAAAACAGGAUUCCAGUUUUUUCUGCUGCAGAGUACAGUGGUGGAAGCGAAGGACGCGAACCUCUGUGGAAGAUUGAACCACAGCUUGAAAACCCAACUGGUGAUGCCAAUAUGACACCACCAGAAAAGAACAUCAUCUACACCCACCAGGCUGGGAUCAUUGAUUACAGCAACCUUGGACAGUUUGAGAAAGGGCAUUUAUUUCCAAGCUCUUAUAGAUCUGAUGAAGUUGACAAAAGAUCUACCUUUACCCUGACUAACGCUGUUCCACAAAGAAAACUAUUUAACAAUGGUAGGUGGAACAGCAUGGAGAGAUGUGUUAAAUGCAUUCUGGAGAAUUACUGCAUUAACAACAAUAACCAAAGAGAAGGCUUUGUAGUGAUCGGAGCACAGCCCAGUAGCAGAUUCUUCCUCAACAACAGGAUAAAUAUUCCUUCAGUGCUGUGGUCGGCAUUCUGCUGUUACAGUCAAAGUCAGAACAGCUGGCUGGCGAGUGCACACUGGGGUGAGAACACAGAUCUUGGCCCAAAAUAUCUGGAGACCAUGACCUUGGGAGAACUCCGCACAGAGCUGGGAAUUGAAGCAUUUCCUGGAACACAAUGUCCUAACGACGAAAGUGUCACUCAGCUUUACUCAGAACCUGCAUCACUGUGUCACUCCCAUUGCCGACAAUAAUGGAACAGAAAGAAGAGUACAUCUACUCCUCCUACAACCACUGCUGUGCCUUCAGAUUCAACACCUUUGUCUUCUUUUUCUACAUCCAACCCACCGAUCCCUCUCAGCACCACAUCUUUCUCGUCAUCUGGAACAUCUGUCCCACUUUCCCCCACAGUUCCAAAUUACAGUACCACAUCUGGCAAGCCAACAACUUGCCCUCUGGGUACUACAGCCAGUGUCUACUGCUGCAACUGUCCAGAUUUCUAGCACAUUUGUCAAAACGUUUAGAGUAGAUGAGAGUGAUGAGAUUCCUCAUAAGGGUAGUGUCUUGGAGAACAUCAGAAGCAUUAUUGUGAAAUGGAAGGGCAUCAUCAGUUUUUCUCAGAUUUAUUGAUCAUUUCAUGCUGAUGUUUUCUUACUAGAGUCUCUCUAAACAUUGUUCUCUAACAGACAGAUACCAUAGACCAGAUCACAAUGCAAAUAUUGUUGGUGCUUCAUGAAGGACGCUUGCAAUCCAAACUUUUGGCUGAAUAAACAACAUCAACAUUACAAUUUUCCUAAAACGAGUAGAAAUGUUAAAAAUAAAACAAGUUGGAUUAUAUCUUUGUAGCAAAGAUAUAUAUAAAGCAUUUAUUAUGCAUAAAGGGAAACUAAGCAUGGUUUUAACAUAAGCAGUUAUAUUACAUUUUAAUCAUAAAUGCCUGAUUUAAACCACAUAUUUAUGUACCAUUCAUGCCUGAGAUGAUAAAGAAGUACAAGCUACAGAUGUGAUUUAAUGAAAUAAUAAUGUUUUUGGUUAGGGGUUCUUAUAAAGUUGUGGUUCCUGCUUUGUAAUCUCCAUGUUUAUUCUUUCUUGUGUUUAUAAUGAUCAUAUUUUCCUAGUUUCUAUAGUUUUGCUUUUGGUACUUUGCCUGUCUCAUGUGCCUUGAUUUUAUGCCUUUAUUUGCCCUCCUGGGUGCCUGAUUGAUUCUUGUGUUUUGUCAGAUUUCCUUUCUUUGUUUUUGUCUUGUUAACAUUUAUUCUUCCUGCAUUUUGGGUAUUUUAUCUGCCAGCACUGUUAUUUUACUUUUACUUACAGUCAGAG